AUGACUGUGUCAGCAAACAAUAUGCUCGAGAAGUUUGGAUUUGACGAAACGAUUUAUGGUGUCACUGCUGAAUUUUCAAUGAUGGAUUACAACAUAAGGCAUUUGUCAAAUGACGAGAGGGAUUUCGAAUUUGCAAGUAGAAUGCUGGUAAAAUCUGCUCAUGGAUUUUAUGAAACGUUGUUCUCUAGUAACAGUUUAAAUACCAUCCUUGACUUUCACACUAGUGUGUACAAAUGUCAGAAAGACAACUUUCAAAAGAAUGUGUUCGUACUAACUGUGGGAAAUGAAAGCGCUGGUUUCGCAGAACUUGGUUUUGAAGAUGCCGGAUCUGAAAGAUUUUGUCAGGACAUUUGGAGUAAAAGAUGUGUGCAAAUAGUAUAUUUGUUUUUUUUUUUAAUUUUCUUCUGUAAGUUGAUAUAG